AUGAAGCCGUCUUAAUUCCUCUAUUCAGAAUCAAUUAAGGAGCAGAAGGCUCAGAAGGCAAACGUAACAAAAUCGAUUGGAGAGUUGAAACCUUUGCCUAAGACAGCCAAUGCUCCAAAGGAUUAAAAUUCAUCAAUGAUAUACUCAUUGGUGAGUUUACCAGUAAAAGAAGGACAGAAUGACACUGUAGUUUUCCCACAAUCGUUAAUUUCUUAAUCCAUGAAUAUUAAGCCACAAGUGGUUGUUGGCAAAAACACAGAGAUCGCUAGAAGCCUGAAAAAACUGAAGCCCUUAGAUAGUUUGGAAGCUACUCCUGAAUCUGUACCACCAGGGACUGGGAAAGGAGUCAGUGGAGAAUAAUAACAAUAAUUGCAAGGACCCAAACUUUAAGUUUAUUUGAAGUCAUUGAAUUAAUUGACAAAUGGUCAGUUCAAGAAGACACAAACACAAUUGUUAUUCGGAUCCAUUGAACCAAAGCUUAACAAUAAUACUGUGUUAUGUGUAUUGCGUAUCCAAAAACUUAAAUUUUUCAAUGAAUAUAACUAGAAGAAUGAGAAGAUUCCUUCAUUGUUUUGUUGGGAGGCUAUCUAUCGCAAGAAGAGUUUAAUGAAGACGACUCCAAAAGAAUUUGAUGCAGCUUAACAAGAUCUGUUAGAUUUUGUAUACACUAGAAAUGCAUAUGAGCCAGUUGAUAUAAUACUAUGGAAAAUAAAAAAUAACGAUGAAAAAUAUGUUGGAUAAUUUGAUAUAUCAAACAACGAUUAUUAAAAUGCAAGAGAAGUCCUUGAUUUUAAAUCAAAAAUCAUUUGUGAAACUCAAAUUGAGAAGGAAAUGUUCAAAACUAUGAAAUAGACAAAAUCCUAUAUUGGUAAUGUCUAAUUCUAACUAAUUUAACUUGGUCAUGAGAAGAUCCCAUUAAAUAAACACUCUGGAAUUCCAGGAUCUCCAAGAACUGAAGAAGAAAAGGCUAGACACAGAACCAUAGAUGCUGCCAUGUCUGGCUAAGAAUACAGAUGGUAUGUAGAUGAGAAUGGCAAACUUUUAAUUGAGAAGAUAGACAAAGUCUCAUAAGAGAUUGUUGCUGAGUGCAGUAUUGAAGUAGUUGCUGAUGAAUGUGGACAAUUACAUCUUGUCUACGAAGAAAAAUAUACGGAUCCAGAUAAAUAUGGUAGAUCCAGACCAACCUCAAGAAAUAUGAGAAAACAACAUGCUGAUGCUACAAUGGCAAUGAUUAAAGAGUUGGAUAAAAACGGUGCAUUUACUGAAGUUUAGACGAACAUAAGAAAUCUUAGCAGAUAAGGGAGAGUAACAAGAAAGGUUAUUGAAGAGGCCUUAUAUACAAUGGGUUGUACUGCUAAUUAAUUGCUUUUGACUGAAUGCUCAGAAUUUGGUGAUUGUUUAAUGGACUUUUUACUUGUUACAGAUGAUCUAGCAGGAGUAUUGGAAGCCAUGUAAGAAUUGAAGAUUGUUGGAGAGGAGGAUUAGAAUUUGGAAAGUUUCUCCAAUAAUUUAUUCUAAAAUAUUGGAUAACAUUUGAGAAAGAAUACAAAUCUUAAAUCAGUUAUUCAGUUUAUCUUAGCAUUAGAAAAGAAGCCUGAAGUUGCACUAUUGAUCUAAAAUUAUUCUUACGCUCCAGAGAAUGUAUUAUCUAAUACACCUCCCUUCUUAUAGAACUUUGAUCCAAAAAAUUAUGAGCAUGUGAUGGUGUUGAGUAAAUUAAAUAAAAUGAUUCAGAAUUUUAAAAUAAAUACUAAAUUCACAAGAGCUUUGAAGAAAGCACAUGUUGAGGCUAAGAAGUCUAUUUAUUUUGAGAUUCCAUGCUUCCCAAAAAAUAAGGAUUUGGAUGAUAAAUCAGACUCCUUGUAAUUGAAAUAAAUGGGAUAGAAUAUUAUGCAUGAAGUAGUAAGAAGAUAAAAGUGGAAUAAGAGUCAUAUAAUUUUUGAGAAUUAUUCCGAAUGGUUCUUUGUAGCUGAUGAAUAAGGAAUUACUCCAUUUUCUAGAAUGAUGGAAGUAGCCCCUUUUGAUGUUAUCAAAUCUCUUUUUGCAGCUUAUCCUGAUUAGUUAAAAAGCAUUUUCAGCAAAUUUGAUCCAAAUUAAGAAUUAUUUGAAGGAAGGGUGCCCAAAGUUGAGAAAAAGAAAAAUGAAUAAAAUAAUGAUAAUUAAGGAGGUGAUGGAGGUGAUAAUGGUGAUGAAGACGGAGAUGGUGGCGAAGGGGGAGCCAAGAAAAAAGAAGAAAAAAAAGAAGAGCCUUCAGAAGAUGAUCUAUAUAAAAAAGGAAAAGAACGUUAGGCAGCUAGAAGGGCGUUUGAACACGUAACAAUGUAAAAGGAGUAUAAAAAAAAUCUGAUUCAUUGUUUACUCUUAAAUCCAGAUUUUAAUCAAAGUGAUUUGUUGGAUCUCUUAAGAAAUAUUGAAUUAUUGGUUAACGAAUCCAACGAAUCUAAUUUUGAGACAUUAAAAACCCAGAAAUUAAGAGCUGGAGAUUUUACACCUCUAGGAUUGUACUUAGAAUUAUUGAGAUCAAAAUGCAAAAAGAAGUUGGAUAGAGUUUAAAGGGAAAUCGGUACAUCUUUAUUCAUUUGCCAAAUGCUGACUCCAAAUAUUGAUGAAGAGGAGAAUAAUAAUUAAUAACAAUAAGAAGGAUAAGAAGGGUAAGAACAACAAUAAGAAUAGAAAGCAAAGUCAUCAUUUGUUUGGGAUAGACAAAAUCAAUUUGUGAUUUCCUAAAUAAUUGGUAAAUUACCUGAAAGUUUAUUCUAAUAAUUUGAUGAUCUAUUCAGAUUCAUUAAAUGGAUACCUCCAUUUGAGGAAUUAAAAACAAUCAGAUAUAUCAACUUACCUUAUCGAUAAUUAAUCAAACAUAAGUAAUAACAAAAGUUGUUUGCAAUCUUAUAAUAAAUGUAUGAUGAAAUCAAAUAAAAUUCAAAUUAUGACCCAGCAGAUGUAGAAUCUGAAUAGAACCAAAAGAUUCUUUACACAAUCCAAAUCUGGACAUUGAUGUUAUUAGAGAUCAGAAAUCUCAGAUCAUAAAGACUAGAAUAAGUAGCCUCCCAAUUAUUAUCUUAAUUAAGAGAGUUCACUUAAUCAUACAUUGAAUUGUUGGUUGUACCCAUGCCAACAAAUAUUACAUCUUCAUAUUACCCCUUAUAACAUCAAUAUGAUUCCAAUCCAAACACUAUUCUCGAGUUCUUCAAUGCCAUUAAAUUCAAUAUUUUAUUGACAGAUCUCCCCGUUUAAAGUUUGGAUAAAUUGGAUAUCAAAUAGUUGGCUAAAGCUUUGUCUAGAUGCAAGGAUAAAGAACCACUAAGAGAUUUAAUCAGAUUGGUAUUAACAAAAGAUUAAGGAAAUCAAAAUGCAGGAGCAGAAGAAUAAGAUUCGGAAUAUGAUCGCAAAUAGUUUGAAUUGGCAGUAGAUUCUAAUGUGAUUUUUAGUGAUGAAGAUGGAUCUUAUAAACAUUUGCUUGAUAAAAAGUAGGUUGAAUAAUUGUUAUUAACCUAUAAAGCAGAAAAGAUAUUACCUUUGGCAAAUGGCAAAUCAGAUAAUUUUACUAAUCAUGUUCAUGGAAUUAUUCUGAAUUCAUUCCAAACUAGAAAGUCUGUUGGUGUUACUUAGUAAUAAGUAGCAUUGUGGAUUAGAAAUAAUGAAUCCAAAAUAGAUUCAAGAUGGAAAUAAAGAUACAUUGAUUUCUUCAGAUUGAAUAUGUCUAUGUAAUAAAUUCACACAUUGAUUGAUAUUGAAAUUCCAAAGCCUGCAAGAACAUACCAUAAUCAAAAUAAGAUUUAUCCCUACGUCUAAGCCUAAGGAAAGAAUUGGGCAUCAAUAUUGGAUGUGAGAAGAUUCAUCUCUGCAAUCAAGGACAAUAUCCAAUACAUCAACAUUGAAAACACUCUAAGAUCAGUUGCUCUUAAUGGACAAUAUGAGAAACUAGAAUAGGUUUUACCAUAUGUUAAGGAUGCACAAAUCAUCAGAUAAACUAUCCAUCUAGUUGCAACCAUUGCCAAUUUAUAAAUAUUCUCUCCCACAUCCUACCUUUCAUUUAGAUAAUAUAAAAAACCACAACCAAAAGAUGAUGAAGAAGAAGAGAAUGUUGAAGGUGAUAACAACAAACCAGAUGAUGGAGAUGGAGGAGGUCCAUAAUUAGUUUCUGCAUAAAAUUAGCCUGAAUCUUAGAAAUAAUAAUAAUCAAGAUCGGGUCAGUAAUAGAAAAAGAAAGAAGCUGAACCUGAAAGUGCUAGUAAAUACUUAGAUAUUGCCAGUGAAUUUUAAGUUAGAUUAUAUGAUCCAACUGUUUAUUUCUUUAAGACUGCUAUCAAGGAAAAGAAGGAGAAGUUUAAAGUUGAUAUUCCAAAAUUCCCAGAAGCUUUAGAUUAGAUUAGAACUCCAUUGUCUGUCUAAUCCUAAUUAAGUGAAAUGACUCAAUCAAUUCAAUUAGAAUUUGACGACUUUUUCAAAACUCACUUUACAAAGAAUGAAAGAUUGAAUUUGAAGAAGUUUGAGUCUAACUUUGAAAAAGAUGUUUUAAUGUUUAGAUAUCUAAAGAAUUGGAAAUCUUCAUUGUAAAGAUAAAACUUUAGAUCAAUAUUCACCUCAUAUGAUUAAGGAACUGGAUAAUAAUCAUAUAAGAAAGUGUUAAACUAAUUACUUAAAUAAUAUCAAAGAUAUGGUAUGCCAAUUUGUGAUACUUUCUAUGAGUUUGAAAAGACUUUAGAUGUCUUGAUGAUCUAUAGUAUUCAAAACAUGGAUUAACUCUUAUUCUAAGUAGCUUCUAGUAAGAUGACACCUAUUGAAAAGAACAAGAUAUUACUUGGUUUAGUCUCUAGAGUGAUCGAUCCUGGAAACUCAGUAUUAGCAAAACAUUAUCAAAUUAAAAAUGCAAAUACCUAUUUACAACAAAUUAAUAGAAUUAUCAAAUCUGUGAACAUUAAAUUAUUAUCAGGAGAAGAGGAUGUGGAGGCAUUUUAAGCAAAUAUCUUGUCUAAAAUUCAUAGAAUUGUGAGAUAUCUAAAACCAGACAUGCCCAACGAUUAGAAAGUCAUAAUCUUUAAAUUAGCAAGUGAAGUAUUGUAAAGAUUUGAUUAAUUGGAUAUCAAAUCAUUGUUUGAAGAGUAGUUGAUUCAAAUUUCAGAACUCAUCAAAACUAGAUAACUUAGAGACAAAGCUUUAUAGGUUCUAGCCGCCAAAUAUGUUAAAUCAAAAGACGAAACCAAAAAGUUGAAUUAAAGACCUUAUUAUAAAGAUAUUAUUGCCUCAUUUAAGAAACGAAGAUUGGAUGAAGUAUUAUCCACUAUUGACCUACCUCAGUAUAUUAAGAACUAUUCAGAUGCUUAGUGUGAAGAGAUAGUUACAGAGUUAUUUAAAUUACCUUAUGAGAAAAGUUACUUAAAAGAAUUAUUGGAAAAAUUUGAUAGGAGAUUAUUUGAAAGUCUGAUGUUUCAUAGGAGAUUCAGAACAUAUACUAAAUUGAUAAAUGAUAUUCUAUUUAAGUAAAUCUUGAAAGGAAAGGAGCUGGCCUUUGUUCCCUUCAUAACAUAAGGAUAAAACAAAACUAGUAAAUAAGUCAAGAAGUAGGAAGGGGAUAAUGAGAAAGCGGAUGGUAGAGCAGAGAUUGUUUAGGCACAACCUGUUAAUGAAGGUGGAGAUGAGGCAGAACAACAACCUGAUGGAAAAGAUGAGGAUGACAUGAAAUAGGAUUCAUUGAGUUAGAUUGCUGCUUAUUUCUGUUUUUAUGAAUAUUUCGAUACUUUGCAUAGGUUCAGGGUCAAAGUACAUGAUGUUGAACCCUACACUUCAUUCAGAUUUAUGUUACAUACAAAUGAACAACUUUUAUAAUUGGCCACUCAAUUUGAAUAACAAGGAUAUAAUUAUAUUAGUAAUUGCAUCAGAAUGUAUAGAUAUUUGAGAUUGAACCACUAUCGUUCAGAUAAACCUUAGAUUAAAUUAGAAAAUGAACUUAUGGUUAGUUUUAUCUCAUCAAAUUCUAAGUAUAUCAAUUCUCCUUGCUUAAAUAUCAUCAAAGAAUAUUUGUAAUUGUCUGAGCAUCAGGCACCAUUCUGGUAAAACACCAUAAGUGAUAGGAAGUAGCCAUAAAAGGCAUUAACUAGAUUAAAGAUUAAUGGCAUUGAGAGGGGAGUGAAAUUCUGUUUCCCUUCAAAUUAUGUAUAAGAUGGUGAUAAUGAGAUUACAAACGAUGACAUUCGUAGAACUCCAGUUAAGAGACCUGCAUUUACAAUUGAUCAAUAUGUUGAGUAUUUACCACCUAAGAAUCCUUAAAGAUUGGACAAUCAAAUUAUAAAUGAUCCUGAAUUUACGUCAUUACUUAACAAAUUGUUGAUACCCAGUAAAUAAUUAGAAUUUUUAAUUGACAAAGUGGAAUUUUAGGACAAUCUACGUAAAUUAGUUUAUAAUGAUCACGAAAUGUAUUUUUAUGUUUUGAAUUUCCCUAUGUUUUGGUAUGAGGAGAAGUUAAACAAGGAUAAUUAAAUAUUCAUUGGAUUCUAAAUGGAAUUUGAACUAGGUAUAAUCUUCAUAAAAUCAGUACUAUUAUUUGAACCAAAACUAAUCAAUCAAGCUUUAGAUAUGUAUUUCAAAACAAUAGACAAGUACUUAAAAUCAGGAUUAGAAGGUGAAGGGGAAUAAGAAGAAGAUUAAAAGGUUGAGGAUAACAAAACCGAAUACGAUGAAGUUGAAUAAUUGGUGACUGAUAAUGAGGAAGAAAAAGAAGCAGAUAAUAAAGAAGAAAAUUAAGCUCCUUAGGUAUAAGAAGAAUAAUAAGAAUAAGAUUAAUAACUAGUUUAAGAAAAAUAAUAAGCCCCUUAAUUAUUAAGUGUACAAAAAGCAGACUAAAAAUUGGCUAGCGUUGAGAAUCAAGAAGAAGAAUAAUAAAACCUAGAUGAAGCUCCUAAAAUGGAAUAAGUUGUUUAAGAGAGAGUAGUCAAUUAGAGAGUUGAUGAUAGAAGAGGACCUGUUUAAAAGGCACCUGAAAAAGAACCUGAAAAAGAACCUGUUAAAAUGGCACCUGAUGCAAAACCUCCUAAUAAAGAAAAGAAAUAUAAGCUUAUCAAAGUAAAUGUGAAAAGGGACAAGGGACUCAAAGAUUAAAAGUUUGUUGAGUCAGAUAAGAGUUUGAGAAAAAUAAUUAGAAAUGGAUGCAGCAGUCAAUAACAAUUCUAGAUUUUCUUAUAAUUGAUAUUAUUUGCAACAACUAGUGAUGACAUAUUUAGAUUGAUUCAGAACUAUUUGAUUAAAUUUUAAGUUAUCAGUUCCCCAUAAAUUCCAAAGGAAAUUGAUCCUGUCAUAAAGGCUAGAUUAUUGAAAGAUGGAUUUAAGGAACCAUUUAAUCUGUAAUUUGUAGAAUAAGCAGAAUUGAGAUUCAAGGAGUUGAAAUAACAACAAAUUGAAGAUAUUAAACAUGUGAAGGAUGUACUAACAUAGAAUGAAUAGAAAAGACAUUCUGAUUCCAGUGAAGUUUAUUAAGCUUUAAUUGGAUCUCUCCUUUAAGUUCCAUUUGAAGAUUAUCAAAUGUAUAUUGACAAAUUGAUGGAUAAUCCUGCUUACAAAUGUUUAUCCAAAUUUAAGAAAUCAGUUGCACCAUAUACAUUAGAAAAAGAUCAAAAGUUGUAAAUGGAAUUAGUCAAAUACUUCUCUAAACUAACAACCAAAACAAUAAGUGGAGAUUUCUUACAAAAAUUCUUUGAAAAUAAUAGAGCAAAUUAAAAUCAAUAGCAAUUCACAAAUGACAAAUGGAUCAAUCUUAUGUGCAUUCUUAACUAUUGUAAACAGAUAUUAAAGCAAACUAGAAAAUUUUAACAGUUCGUCUAUGUAGAAAGAAAGAAAUUGCAAUAAAACAUUACACCAUUGUCAUAUUAUGAAGAAGAUAGUUUUGUGAAUCCUGACUUCUUAGUUAAACCUAAAUUCCACUAUAAAUUCAAGGUUACUAAUAAAUUAGAACCUAUCAUCUAUGAAUACAAGAGAGAAAUUGUUAAUGUUGAACUUAAAUAAGAAAAAUAAAAAGAAAAAUAAAACGAAAACUAAUAAGAUAACUAAUAAGAUGAUUAAUAAGAUAAUUAAUAAGAAAAUUAAUAAGAUAAUUAAUAAGACAAUUAAGAAAUUUAAUAAAGCGUUGAAGUGAGUAGAUAACCAGCUAUUAAUGAUCAAUUUGCGGAAAAUCAAAAUUCAAAUUCUCGGAACCCUGAUGGUGGAAACCAAAAUUCUCAAAACUCUGAUAAUCAAAAUCCUCAGAAUCCAGAUUAAAAUAGUAAUCAAAAUUAAACUGUUAAAAAAAAUCAAGAAACCUUCUAUUUUGAAGUCACUUUAAACAUCUAGAAAGGCACUGCGCCUAAUAAUCCAUACCCCGUAACUCAAUUAUACUAGAAGAAUGUUGAAGAAGUUGUCAAAUGCAUAGAUACUCUUUAUUAUGAAAAUUACUUGGAACACAUCAAUAAUUUAUGUUCCUAUCCACAAUUCAAGGUGGCAUAAUUGAGUGGAUCAGACAAUAUUGAUUACAUCUAAUUGAAGACUAAAUUAACAAAGGAGAACUUUAGAGAAUAUUAAGAAUUGCAUUAUGCUUAAAACUUCUAUUUAGAUCAAACAAUUAUGAAUUUGGAAAUUUACAAAAAUCUAUUUUAAAAUAAAGAAACUGGAAAUAAUCUUUUAAUAUUGAAAGCAUUAAGAGAUGGCAUAGUUUAGACUGAAAGCAAUGAUUUCGAAAAUCCUGUAAAAAUCUGUGAUUAAGAUUGGAUAUUGUAUAGUUCUAGAAUUAGACCAGAUAUCAAAUUGAAGUAUCAAGAUAAAUUAUAUCCUGUUCCAUACAGUAACUAUUAACCAAGAUAAAGAAAUACCUAGUAUAAACAAAGCAUCCAAGUUGAUCAAUCAUUCCCAGAAUUAUACCCAAUUGUUAAUUUAUAAGUCUAUUAAUACAUUCCCGAUGUUAUGACUGAGGAACAAUUUAAUUAGAAAUAUGAUCAAUUGUCAAUAAUCUAAUAAGCUUGUUAUGAUUUGAAUUCGUAUGCAUAAUCAUUGGAUGAUUUCAUCACUCAAUCACCAAGUGAAGAGGAAUUGCAAAACUUAAGGGAUGUAGCUCCACAAAUAGUAUCAUGGCCAUUAAUUAGAAGCAAGUUGAAGAGAGAUAAAGGAUCAACAGAAGAAUAUAAAAUUAUUCACUCAGCAGAAGCACAUCCUCUCUUCAUGAUUGAAUAUUUAUUCAGUAAAGUCCAAAUCCAAUUGAGUCAUCAACUCAAAUUCACAUUCAAUGUGUUAUCAUUCACUGAAAUUAUUUUAUUCAAAUUAACUAGAAUACUUCAAUAAACUACAGGAAAAAGAUGCAAAUUGUCAACUACUACAAGCAUGUUGAGUGAAUGGGCAUUAUUGAAGAAGAUCUUAUUGAAGAUUGGAGAUUUAAUUGUAGAGAAUGAGUUGGAUAAGUUUAGAUUCUAUUAUGUCGAAAUUAAUGAAGUCCAUUAAAAUUCUGUGUUCCCAAUCAAAUCAAAUAAAUUAGAGGGAAUGGAUGCUAUCUUCAGAUUCGGUUAGACUUAAUUCUAUGUUCAUUCAAAUGUUUUGAUCGUUAGAUUGAAUGUAGCUGUUGUUUCAGAGAAUGCUUCCACUUUGAUCGCUUAAAAGAAUGUGAAAGUAAAGUCUAAUGAACUAUGUCCAUUACUAUUUAAGGAAGACAAAGAACUUAGAGGUUAUAUGAAUUAUAUAAUAACUUUGGAAGAUAUGCUUAAGUAAAUAUUUACCAAAAAGUGA